AUGCCCCCCAAGAGAAACCGUGGUGCCAGAUCCCUUGGGGAGACCUGCCAGAGAUGCUUUCUCCGACUGGCUAGGUUCCCUGACCACUUUUGUAUGUGGAACGAGGACUAUAGGGCAUGCCAGCAUUGCAGAAAUGUUCGCCACCGCUGCCACCCGCUUCCCCUGGAGUUCCAAGAUGAGGCCGAGGAGGCCAUGCUCGGACCUGCCAAUUUGCUCGCAGAGCGGGUUCAGGUUAUGCUCCAGAAGGUCCGCAGACGCACUCACAAGGUCAACCAGGAGAGGGCAUUCGAAGAGCCUGCUACCGCUGGUAUGCAUGAGAGCGAGGAGAAGGGCGAGGACAAGGACGAAGAUUGUAAUAUAGACGCCGCUGCCGAGGAGCAGCUUCACAGCUCGCUUGCUACUACAGAAGACCAUGGUGAUUCCGAAAUCGAUGAGGCUGCAGAAGAGCAGCUUCAAAGCUCACUUGCUGCUGCUGCAGAACGCGGCGAUUCUGACCUGAAUAUUUCCGCAGAACAUCAACUUCACAGCUUCCUUACUGCAGCUGCAGUGUAUGAGGAUUCUGAGACUGAUGACGCUACCGGAGAGCAAUCUCCAAUCUCUCUUGCUUCAGAGGCAAGAGAAGUGGAACCACAGCAAGAGACAGAAUAUUGGUAUAGCCAGAACAGAUUGGGGCGAUGGACGCGAACCUGA